GGCGAACACGCGGUAUACGGUGCCGGUUUGCCCGGAUAUUCGAAGUCUGUUCGCAUCUUUUGCCUCUGAGUGUUAUUGACAUUGCUCUCCACAUCGCCUGUUCAUUUCUCGAUACCCCCUUUGCAUGUUUGAACCCGUGAACGACAUGCAGUCUUGCUCCACAUAGUAAUCUUAAUCGAAAGUCGCGAGUUUUCCAUCGAGCAAGUCACCGUUUACACCAUCUGAGCUCAUCUUCAAACCUUUCCCUAUCGAGCGCGCCACCGCGGGCACAAGUAGCCACCAUGGCGGGGGCAAUCGUGAAGCAGACGUGGAUUCUCACAAAGAAGACACUGCUUGUUGUCUUUGUGCGACAAUGGUUCUUUACAAGCAUUCGCGCAUUCUGGGCGCCCAUCAUUUUCAUGUUCUUCAUCACAUACGCAAAAAACUUCUUCAUCCCCCCUUCUGAAUUCGGUAUUGGCAGCGUGCAUGCCAUUCGCUCCUUCCCCAAUGCACUCGGCGCUGCAACCGGUGGCCGCGACAAGGUCGUUUUCGUAAACAAUGGAUACGCCGGUGGAGAGAUUGAGCAACUUAUUGGGCAGCUGUCGACCCAGGUUCGCGACGCGGGACUGAAUGCGAUUACUGUCCAGCAAGAGGUGGAUUUGUUGACAACCUGCGCCGGCUCAUUGAGGGGUGCAAGCACAUGCUAUGGUGCUGCAUCCUUCCACUCGAGUCCUAGCGAAGGAGACGGAUUUGGAUGGAACUACACCCUUAGGUCUGACGGAUCGCUGGGGGACCAGAUUUAUGUGGACCAGAGCGACAACGACAUCCAGCUCUUCAUCCUCCCGUUCCAGCGAGCUAUCGACCAAACGAUCGCAUCUACCAAUGGCAGUCGAGCCCUCCCAGACAUCGACGAAUAUCCGUUCACAGAUCUCACGCAGGAGCAGAGGGACGAGAGGAUAAGGUCGCUGUACAUGGGUGCGCUGAUCAAUAUCAUGGCCGUGGCGCUUUACAUUGGUGUUUGCGGUGUAACAUACCAGCUCACUGGGCAAAUGGCAGAAGAAAGAGAACGCGGGAUUUCCCAGUUGGUGGAAGCUAUGUCCCCGGCAAAGAAAGCAUGGCACACACAAUUUGCUCGUCUGCUGUCAAACCACAUCGCCUUUGACCUCAUCUACUUUCCUGGAUGGGUAGUCAUGGGCCUCAUCGUGUGGGCACUCGCUUUCAAGUCGUCGAGCGCCGCCAUCCUAAUCAUCUUCCAUAUCCUGGCCGGUCUGUCCUUGACCAGUUUCUCCAUCUUCGGCGGUGCGUUCUUCCGCAAAGCACAGCUUUCUGGAAUCACCAUCGUCAUCAUCCCAAUCUUGUUGGCAGUCAUUGCGCAAGUUGCUGGUCCUUUUGGCACUGGUGCUGUAUACGUUUUGAGUCUGAUAUUUCCGUCCAUGAACUACGUUUUCUUCAUAAUCUACGUUGCCCGAUUCGAAAGGCAACUCAUUGCAACAAACAUGGUCAAGGCAGCGCCUGUCUACAACAGCCAUAAUUUUACCACUACUGGAGUUGUGUUCUGGGUAUUUCUGGUAAUUCAGAUUGUGGUAUACCCGUUUCUCGGCGCCCUUGUCGAAAGAUGGCUAUAUGGCACAGUGUCAGCUGAACGAAAGACCACGACCUCAUCUCCAGAUCACAACAUCAUCUUGACAAACUUCUCGAAGCACUGGACGCCUAGCUGGUUCCGCACAAAAGUGCUGGCCAAAGUUGGCAUCAAGCCACCGGAGACAGUCAUUGCUGUCAAUGACUUUAGCAUGAAGGCGCGCAAAGGUCAGAUCAUGGUUCUUCUUGGUGCCAACGGUAGCGGAAAAUCAACCACUCUAGAUGCAAUUGCUGGGUUGAACUCAAUCACCAGUGGUGCCAUUGAGAUCGAUGGCACUGGAGGUUUGGGUCUUUGCCCCCAAAAGAACGUAAUGUGGGAUGAGCUCAAUGUGUACGAGCACGUCCGGAUCUUCAACCAACUGAAAUCGACUGGGACGUACGACAACAAGGACACGAUCGAGAAUCUCAUCCGUGCCUGCGACUUGGGACACAAGAUCAAAGCCCGGUCGAGCACAUUGUCCGGAGGCCAGAAGAGGAAGCUGCAAUUAGCCAUGAUGUUUACAGGUGGCUCCAAAGUCUGCUGCGUCGAUGAAGUGUCAUCUGGUCUUGAUCCGUUAUCGCGCAGGAAGAUUUGGGAGAUUCUGCUUGCUGAGCGUGGCGAUCGCACCUUCCUACUCACGACUCACUUCCUCGAUGAAGCAGAUGUUCUCGCCGACUACAUCGCCAUCCUAUCUCGCGGCGUGCUCAAGACCAAGGGAACGUCUGUCCAGCUUAAGCACGAAGUAGGGGCUGGCUAUCACGUUACAUACCCCAGGGAUGCGCCUGUUGCGCCGCCCAAAGACGCCAUUAAGAAGCCAUCUCCAUCGGAUGCUAUGGUCCAGUACCAAUUUCCCACAGCACUGCCCGCAACGAAAUUCGUUGAUAUACUCAGAUCCCAUGGGAUCAAGAACUACGACAUCGUGGGACCAACGUUGGAGGACGUUUUCCUGGCGAAUGCUGAAGAAGUCAAAGAAUACCACCUCAUGGACGCUGACAACGAUGAGCGAACUGCCGGGCUUGCCCCAAAUAAGGACACUGACCAAACCUCGGACCUGAACUCUGGUAUCGAUAAGAGCCUUACUGUUGGCAAGGGACACGGCACCUCGAUGUUCAAGCAGACUCUCAUCUUGAUGCAGAAGCGCUGGACAAUCCUCAGAAGGAACUAUUGGCCGUAUGUGUUCGUGUUGCUGCUUCCUAUCGCUGCCGCUGGGCUUGUCACGUUGUUCUUGAAGAACUAUGAAGCCGUCGGAUGUGAUCCUGGGGCGAAUUCAAACAACCCAACGGUUUUCUCGCUCGCCAACGUCGAUGCCAUUCCCCUCAUCCCGAUCGGCCCCACGAAUCUCCUCGGGAAUGCUAUCCAAACUAUAGUCGAACGUACAAGCAUCAGCGAGGACAGCUUCUACAUCGUCGAAACCUUGGAUGAGUUUAACGACUUUGUGCGGACUCGUUUCCACGACAUCACUCCCGGUGGUUUCUUCCUGCGCGAAAAUCAGCCUCCUAUCAUGGCGUAUCUUGGUAACGGUGGAGUUGUCGGAGGCCUUGUCACUCUUAACACUCUUGACAACAUCCUCACGAACAUCCCCAUCUCAACGCAAUACCAGCAGUUCGCUGUUCCAUUUGCUCCUAACAUGGGUGACACGCUACAGCUUACCCUGUACUUCGGGCUGGCCAUGAGUGUGUUUCCGGCUCUGUUUGCACUGUAUCCGACACAAGAGCGACUGAGAAAUGUUCGAGCAUUACAUUACAGCAAUGGUAUUCGGGCCGUGCCUUUGUGGUUGGCGUACACAGCAUUCGAUUUCAGCUUUGUGCUCGUGAUCUCUGCUGUGUGUACGGCAAUCUUUGCGAGCGCUUCCGACGCUUUCUACGCUCCUGGCUACCUUUUCGUCAUCUUCUUCCUAUACGGUCUAACUGCCAUUCUCUUCGCCUACCUCAUAUCCAUCAUCGUCACAUCGCAGCUUGCAGCUUUCGCUUUUGCUGCUGGAGGAAUGGUCUCGUUGUUCCUCAUCUACUUCAUUGGGUACAUGUCGAUUUUGACCUAUGCACCUGCUUACAACAUCGACUCCUGGCUCGACAUCUUCCACUGGACAUGGUCUCUCGUUUCACCAUCUGGGAGUUUGUUAAGGGCACAGCUGCUGUCGUUGAACUCCUUCAGCGUACUGUGUGACGGUAAUCAGAUUCCUAGCUACCCUGGCUCCAUGGGUGCGUACGGUGGCCCAAUCCUCUAUCUUUCCGUCCAAUCAAUCCUGUUGUUCAUCGCUCUUGUCUGGUGGGACUCAGGCUACAGACCAGCUUUCCUCAACCGUGAGAAGAGCCGCCAGAAGCACUCGGAAGAGAACGUCGAUACAAUCCCCAAGGCAGUCGCUGCUGAGAUCACACGCGCUGAGCAAAGCAAGGACAGUCUGCGAGUCCUCCAUUUGCAGAAGACAUUCGGCCAGAACCACGCUGUGAACGACAUCACUUUCGGCAUUCCACAAGGUCAGGUCUUCGCUUUGCUCGGUCCUAACGGCGCUGGCAAGUCGUCCACCAUCUCCCUUGUCCGUGGAGACAUUCGCCCGACCACGCACAUCAACGGCGGAGGCGACGUGCUCAUUGAAGACAUCUCGAUCAUCUCGAAGCGUGCAGCGGCACGUGGCCAUCUCGGUGUUUGCCCUCAAUUCGACGCCAUGGACACUAUGACCGUAACAGAGCACCUCUACUUCUACGCUCGCGCCCGCGGCGUACCCGACCCGAAGUCUUCCGUUGGAGCGAUCCUCCAAGCCACAGGCCUCCACCGUUUCGAAUCACGCCUCGCAUCCAAGCUCUCGGGCGGCAACAAGCGCAAACUCUCCCUCGGCAUCGCCCUCAUGGGCAACCCCUCCGUCCUCCUCCUCGACGAACCAUCCUCCGGCAUGGACGCCGCCGCGAAACGUGUCAUGUGGCGCACUCUCCUCGGUGUCGCGGCGCCAGGCCGCGCACUGCUAAUCACAACGCACUCCAUGGAAGAAGCCGACAAACUGGCCACAAGAGUCGGCAUCAUGAAGCGAAAGAUGCUGGCGCUCGGCACCGUCGGCCAACUAGGCGAGCAAUACGGCGACGCAUGGGUCGUGCAACUCGUGCUCCGAUCUGCGCCCGAGACCACAGAAGAAGAAAUGGAGAGCGUGAAAGAGUGGGUACGCCAGCGCAUCCCCGGUGUGCAGAUGGACAAGUGGGGCUCGCGGGGCGGCGGCCAUGGACAGCUUCGCUUCAAGGUGCUGAAGGCUGCUACAUCGUCUGCUAUGCCGGACAAGGAGAGCAAUAUGCAGGUCCAGCGUGUUUCGACUACGGCGUCGAGUGCGUCUGAUCUCGGCGGUAUUCCAGGGCUUAUUCAACUUCUCGAGUCAAAUCGUGAGGAGUUGGGAUUGGAGUAUUACUCGGUGUCACCGACUACGCUGGAUGAGGUUUUCUUGCGGGUUGUGGGCGAGGAGGAAGAGGAAGAUGCGAGGAAGAAGAAGAACAAGGGGAAGGGCAUGAUGGGGAAGCUGAAGUGUUGGUAGAGUAGAUGAGCUGGUCAAAUAGAUGAGUAGCAUUUUUGGCGUUUUAUAUACCAUGGGCAUUUAGACUGGAGAGUAAUGUUAUGGUGUGGCAAC